ACCCAUUUGGUUCACAUUAGCUAUUUAUUUACUAAUUCCCGCCCGCUUCGGCAGAAUUCUGGCAUUUCCACCCUUCUUCCUGCACAAAUUCAUGAGCUGUGACUUUGCCUGUGAGGUAAAAAACACAGAAAGGACCAAGACAUGGAAGGUGAAGUAAAGACUAAGAGAUAGCAUGGUGUUUUAAAAUGAUGAGCACCCACUUCCUCUGGAAAUGUGUAAUUUAUUUGUAAGAAGGAAAGAAGAAAGGGAGCAAGCAAUUACCAUCACUAGCUUCCAUUAUCCCAGUUUCCGAUCAAAAGAUAAAAUUAUCCCAAAUCUUGAAAGAAAGUGAAAGUUGGCUUGAUGUUCCCACAAAAUGAGAAGAGUUUGAACUAUUUACAAGCCAAGGAGAAAAUAUGUCAAACAUGUGGAGUCGAAGGCUUUUCUAGUUCUCUGAUUUAUUGUACUGAAUGUUGGAACACAGUUGAGCACAUAUAUUGUCUAGGCCUAUCAUUUGAGGAUAUUUGUGAAGAUUUCAGUUGGACAUGUGAUUCAUGCAAAUCAAUAGGUGAGCUACUGAGAAAAAUGAUAUCAUAUGGGUAUAAAUCAGAUGAAACGGCCAAAAUUUCUAGUUCUGGUCACUCGAGAGCUUCAAAUAUUUCGCUACCUUCAGGUAGUGCCAUCCCAGUGGUUGGUCCAAUAUGGAGGGGAACUUUGAAUACCAUUGGGAGUUUCUGUGGAUGUUUAAAAGGGAUGGAAGCCUUUAUACCAAAGACUUCAUAUCCAAAUGUCAUCAAAAUUGUACGAUCAAUGCAACCCUCACUUUAUUUCUACAUGAAGGAAAGGAGAAGCAUGUGGCCUAAGAAUUUUGAUGAAUUAGGGGCUAUUGAGUGCAAUAUUGGGCUUUACAUCUUUCCUGAAUUUUCGAGGAGUGAGACAGAUUACAACAACCUUGUGGAGUACAUGGUAUCAAAUGACCUAGCCAUGACAGCCAAGAUGGGAAACUUAGAGUUGAUGAUUUUUACUUCCCUUGAUAUAGCGGCUCUAGAGAAACAAACAAUUAAAGGAAGGUAUUAUCUAUGGGGAACAUUCGAGGAAAAAGAAUGCAGAGAAAAUCCAUCCAAACGCUACAAGCCAAGUGCAGAUAGAAGUAUUGGAAGAGGUUCAAGAGCAGUGAGCUGCCCAAAAAAGCCAAGCAUCAGUUCUCGAAUCCCUUCAAUUAUUCAAAGUGGUCCUAAAUCCAAGCCGCGGAAAGUGACAGCAAAUACAUCAUCUCUUCUAGGGUUCCCCCACAUUCCAGCAUUAAGGCCUGGAUGCAAAAGAGCUAGGAGUAAAAGAGGUAAAGAAAAGACUGCUCUACCAACCAAUAAUCAGGAAACUGUUUUGCUACAUCAGACAUUUGACAAACCAAGCAAAGCUGAAACCUGCAUGACUGUAGAAGCCAUUCAUCGAGAAGAAUGUCUAACUCAAGUUCCAGCAGAGAUACAGACAUCCAAAACUUCUACUGUUGAUGAAGUUCCUGCCAUUAUUUUAGGUGAACAAAACAUAGCUCGUCUGUUGAACGAUAUUAUUGAUUCCUCUGACGACAACUCUGACAAGAAAGCUUUUGAAGUAAAUGAUAUUUCAAAUGAUCAAGAUCCUGGAGGAACUGCUUCUCCUUUGGUUGCAUCUGCAAAAGUGAUAUCAGAAAAUGCAGCCUUGAGUAUGCGUGAUGUUUCCUGCUCUUCUAGUCCUGCAAACCUUCUUAAUGCAGAGGACGCCGUAGAGGAGACCAUUCCAGAUAAGCCAGUCAGACAAGUAAUCUUUUGCAAUCAGGAUUUUGAUUUGUCUCCUGCACUCCUGAAUUUAGUUAGCGAGUGCAGAAAAGAUGUUGAAGACCGCCUCAUUGAAAGGGAAAUGGAGGCAGAGCAAUCAAACUUGGAAGACGGUCUGAUGCCACUUGCUGUGUUCCUUCCCAAUCAAAUUUUGGAAUCGGCAAACCUACAUCCGCAAGACACCAUUGUCUCUCCAGCUGCUGAUCCUGAGAAUCACACCUCUCUAAUCCCUUUGUUUGGUUAUGAAGAGGAUUCGGAGGUCCACGAGCCCAACCCACUAAUAAAUGCAGAAACCGAUCGUUGUUCUGAUGGUGAACCUGUGUGUCAUCAAAAUUCAAUGUCCGAAAAAGUUUUGGAUGUGAACAAAGCCUCCACUAAUGAUGAUCAUCCAGAGACACAUCUAGAGAAGGACUCAUGUAUGACUCCCAUUAUUGAUCUCGAAGAAGAACAAUCUGGAGCAUCUAUCUGUCCUUCCACUGCUUCUACUACAGCACUGAAGCUCAAUGCUGAAGAAACUUCUAUAAGUGGGUCUAAAAACUACAGAAAGGCAAGUGAAAUGACAACACCGGCUUCUGUUUUUGAAAUGGCUGAUGAUUACCAUGAAGCUAGCUCAAAUUGUGUUGGCAAACAAGUAGGUCGGUACCACAUCAAAGCAGACUUAGCUCCCAUUCUCGCAAAAAUUCUUGCAAAAUAUGGAGAUAUUGCUUUGGAUUGCUCAAUUGACCCUGAAGUUCCACUGGAGAACAUGUGCAAAGCUGUUAAGGAACUUGAAACAGUCGGUUUAAGUGGCCUGCGCCACCAUCAUGUGAGCCGCCUGAAAAAUGUGUUGCAACUUGCUGAUGCUUUAGGGAUUGACAUCCAAUGGCUCCAAAAGAGAUGUGAUCAUCUUGAGAAGCUUGCCUCUCAUCUUAGUCAGUACCCCACUCUUAUGAUAGACUUGGCUAAAUGCAAAGACGAUAUACAGUGUAAGGAAGAUAAAUUGAGUUUAAAAAGAGGCAUGGUGGAAAAACUGCAAGAUGAAAUAAAGUCCUUGGAAGAAGAAUGUGAGUCAAUGAAGGAAUAUACUGAAAAUUUAGAUUGUGCCGUACAGUCGAUAAAGUCGAUAAGUGGAAGCUUCCAUGGUAGGUCUCUAGUAUUUGACUGAUUUAGAAACUCCAUUUUCCAUAUAGGUAAUUAUACACACUAGAAUAGGUGCAUGUAUGUAUUUUGUUAAAGAUGAUCAAGCAGGAUAAAGUUUUUCUGCUUAAACUUAUCAGAAGUCAGAUACUCAGAUGUUUUGUAUCAUAUGUGUGUCUGCUUUUGUAAAGGCAAAGGCUGAAGUGGGUAUCUGAAACUUCAAACUAUUGUACUAUCAUGUAAUUGGCUUGAUAUCAUAUAACAGACUGAUGAGCGGGCAAUGUUUUAAGAA